AUUAUAUUUCAGUGUCUUGCGUGCUCCUUCUGACAUUCAUUUUGGAAGUGAAUAAGGACACAAAACCACAUUGUUUAGGAAUAAUGCAACGUCAAAAUGUUAAUACCUUUCUGCUGGUGGUAGUUGGCAUGUCACUAACUGGGGCCAUUUAUCUGGGAUACACCUACACCUGGUUUAGAUGUGGAGAGCAAAGACAGUGCCUCAAGUCAGGAGAGCAAAGGAAGUGCUCCAAUUCAGGAUUAAAGGAACAUCAGAAGAACUUGUAUAUGCACUCACCACAAGGACUUUUGAACAAACAGCCCAGUGUGGUGGGCCCAGAAGGCAUUAUUUCCCUGACACCAUGGUUGGCCCCAAUUGUAUGGGAAGGUUCUUUUGAUUCAAUGCUUCUUGAUUCUAUCUACAAACAACAAAACAUCACUAUUGCGACUACAGUCUUUGCUCUUGGAAAAUACACACAGUUUCUUACAGCUUUUCUGGAGUCAGCAGAGCAACAUUACUUUGUUGGAUUUCGUGUGCAUUAUUAUGUGUUCACUGACAAACCAGAGGAGAUUCCCUUAGUAAAACUAGAUAAAGAACGGCAAGUGGUGGUAUUAAAAGUCCCUAGUUCUACCAGGUGGCAGGAGAUCACUUUGCGCAGAAUGGAAAUGGUGGAGAAUCUGAUUGAGGAUCGAUUGGCCUAUGAAGCUGACUACAUUUUCUGUCUGGAUGUGGAUACAAAGUUCUAUGGCCACUGGGGUGUGGAGACUUUGGGUCAUCUGGUUGGUGUGAUACACCCUGGUUACUACGAAACAGCACGUGAACAAUUCCCAUAUGAGCGUAGGCCAGAAUCACAAGCCUUCAUUCCCUCAACAGAGGGUGAUUUUUAUUAUGGUGGAGCUGUGAUCGGUGGCUUAGUGAAAGACGUGCAAGAGCUUACUAAAACCUGCCGGGUGCAGUUGGACAUUGAUGCUGCUAAGUCCAUUGAGGCAGCAUGGCAGGAGGAGUCUCACUUGAACAAGUAUUUCCUUUAUAACAAACCAAGUAAGUUGCUCUCACCUGAGUAUCUGUGGCAGGACUUUAAAGCGAAAACAAAAGAGGUUAAAAUAAUUCGCUUUUCUCAAGUUAUUAAAAAUUAUGCUGCAGUUCGUCCCAACCCAUAGCAGAUGUUAAACUAAAACAUGAGCAUUUGGAAAAAGUGUGGGUCAAAAGACUUGUAGACGAGAGAUGUAAAAUUAAAUAAAACAUUUUUUUUUCUUUUUUUUUUUUUUUUACACAGAGGCAUUGUUACUAUAACAUAAAAAGAAAAAAAUAUUUGAGUUUUGGAGUUUGUCAGUUUUACAUACUUUGCGCUCAAUUAAUAUUACUGUACCUAUCAACACAAGCAGAGGCAAAGGAGAAGGCAAAGAAAUCCAUUUGAACUCAAAAUUGUGUUACUGUGUACAUUUUAAUGCAUCUGAUGUAUUUGGGGGAAAAACAGGUAUUGUAAUUCCUUAAUGUCAUUUUUAUUUUUCAUGACACAGAUUCAGUAUUUGUACCCAUGCACAAUAUGAUUAAUGCUACUUUUAUGUGACAGCAGGUCCAUCUGUACCUAUAAAUGAUCUUAAUUUAAUUUUACAUUGUACUGACAUUUCUAAUUUCUGCACUAAUACUCAAUGCUUUUAUAUGUAUUUCACAGCAAUUUGCCUGAUUAAAUGAUGGUAAG